GGGGGGUAGUCAAAAGAUUACAAAGGUACAUAAUGGGUCCAGUGACUGGACAGAUAUGGGCAAUAUCUUUUUUCCGGGAGUCCGUAAAGUAUGGCUCAAUAAAGCGCCAACUUUGGUGGCCCUGAAUAACCACAACACCAGCAACAGAUACAGGGCAUUUCAUAAAUGGGAGGUUCACCAAGUUGUCAGGUACCAGCUGUAGACAUGAAGGGUCCUGUUGCCCAAAUGGUGACAGAAAUAAUAAAAAAUAAUUGUGUUGUAAUUUUCUCCAAGACUUAUUGCCCUUAUUGCAAGAUGGCAAAAAAGGUAUUUAAUGACCUGGGAAUACCCUAUGAAGUUUAUGAGCUGGACAAACAGUCUGACGGUUCUGUAGUACAGGAUGUCUUGGAUAGCAUGACUGGAGCAAGAACUGUCCCUCGAGUAUUUGUUGGUGGAAAGUGUAUUGGUGGAGGCUCAGAAACACGACAACUUUCUAAAGAUGGAAAAUUGUUAGAUAUGGUAAAACAGUGUCAAGAAGCAUCUUAAUAUGAAACAAAAAUGGACGUGCCUUUCUGAUUUCAAGGAUCUUCAUACAAAAUGAACAAGAGUUUUAUAUUAGAUUGAUGGAUAGGUUGAAUGGAAGAGUAGCUGUAGCUUAAAAUAUAGAGUUUUGUAUUAAGAAAAGUACUGAAGAUGCUUCUGUGGAUUUAAGAAGAGAUUCAGAGUAAUUACAUUAAAUUAUUUUAUAGUUGUUCUGUAUAGGCUUUUGUAUGAAAAACAGUCGACUUGUACUUAUUUCUUGUGCUACUUGCCUGGAAGGACCUCAGGGGAGGUGCCACGAUAUUGAAGGGCUUUUGAUGAAAGCAGAUUACCUCCCAUUUCCAACAGGCUUAGUGCUCUCUCAUGAAUGUAAUGACUCAUGAAUUUGGCUUUCCUCCAGAUCCUUCUGGGUUUAGCAUUUAGUUUGGUUAUUAUUAGAAUGGUCCCUUGAGUUAAGAUAUUACUGUAUUUUAUGGUGUCGAGGAUGUCCUCCCCCUCAAUCCCGAUUGGUUGAGUUUUGGAAAAAAAGAGAAAUGAUAUUUCGGCUUCAGUGGCGGCUCAUGUAUAGGCACUGCAGAACUGCAGCACCCCCUAUUUUCACUUAAUAUUAUCGAUAACAUUCAGUACGAGACUUUUUUUUAUAAUUGUACACUAUAUAAUCCUUAAGAUUAAUGUCAGCAGCCAUCCCCUAGUACAUGAAAAAAUUACAAAAAUCCUUGUAUGGAACUGUGCGCUUCACAGUUCCAGAGACUCAGAGUUUGGCUGUUGUGCAAGUGUGUGUUGCGCUUAAAAACCAUGUAUCAUAUUCUUGAACGUGAUAAAGUGUAGAAUUAAAUGAUUAUCAUGCU